GAACUUUUGAAACAAUUUAUUUAUUUUAUUUUAUCGGUGUAUAGCAUGAAAAAAAUCAAAAUUGAGUAUUGUGAUUCUAAUUUUGUUUAUAUCAGUUCACUUAUCCGUGUCGCGUCUCUGUUCUUUCGCGUUCUCAAGAGAAGUGAUAGAACAGGAAGAACAGAUGUACAGAUGAAAGCUCUGCUAGCGGGGUAAUAAAAACUCGAUACUUAUCCGGAACAACUUCGUUGUCACUCCGGCAUCGUCCGUAUUCCUCCCUCCCGCUCCGAGUGGUUUUCGGUAACCAGCACAACAUGGCGGGUUAUCAUCCUCCACCGAACUAUGGCGGAGCUUAUCCACCGCCAGUUCCUGCCCCUAUCGGUUUCGAGAUGGCAAAUUACCCAGAAGAUGUUCCUAACCCCGGAUAUCCGCCGAGAAACGACUUGUAUGGACCCGGUUACAACUACGGUCAUCAACAACCCCACCAACCCCAACCGCCAAGUCAAAGCUACGAUGAUUACGGGAACUCGACUCGGGCAGAAGACGAUAGAGGCCUUCCACCGGUUGGUUUUGAAGGAAUACGGCACCCUAAACAGGACUCUGACACCGCCACCGCGUCAGGUGUACAUGUUUCCGAGCGAUCAAGACCUAACACAGAUAACAGUCGAAGAACAAGAACACCCGAAGCCGAAAUCACAACUACAGAAUAUCGGGUCAAAGAGGAAACUGUUGGAAGUGAGACAUUGUUCUUUAAAAGAGACAAGAAAAAAAGAAUUGACUAUGUUCUUGCAUUCGAGAUCAACCCUGAUAAGGACCAUGACUGGCAGCAAAAGAGAGAGGAGAAAAGAACCGAGUUUGAGAGGAAUUUGGAAAAAGCGGGAUUAGAGCUAGAGCGGGUUGGUGAAGAGGAGUCUAGUAAUGGCAAGACAUCGUACAUUAAGAUUCAUGCUCCAUGGGAGGUCCUUACUAAAGGAGCAGAGGAAAUGCUGAUGAAGAUGCCAAUCAGUUCUAAUGACAUGGAUACAUCUGACUGGACAGAUAGGUGCUUUGACUGCCUCGGUAUAAGGAACCCAUUUGAGUUGCGCAAUGAAGACCUGAAGGAGGAGCCUAAUUACUUCACGUGCGUCUUCAGACGUGACAGGCUCAACAAGUUUCUUGUUGGCGACAGGGAGACAUUCUUUAAUCCAGCACAGAGAAGCAGGAUUGUUUACCGGAUUCUUCAAAAAGCAAAGUAUGGUGAUAACAAAGUGACUCAAUGUGGUAUCAAGCGACUAGUUGCUAAUGGGUCAUACACGGCAGCAUAUCCCCUACAUGAGGGUAGCCAUAAGAUGACCCAAUCUUUAUUGACACAUCAGCCUGAGAAUGACAGACAGGUGCUGAAGUAUUGUUGGGCGUCACCAAGGCGUUGGUACAAGAUGCAGCCUCUCGACCACAUCAGGAAUUACUUUGGUGAAAAAAUUGGCCUUUACUUUGCCUGGCUUGGGUUCUACACUGGCAUGCUGGUCCCGGCAGCAUUUGUUGGUUUGAUUGUCAUCAUCUAUGGUGGAGCAAACGUGGACUCAUACAUCCCUGUGCAGGACAUUUGUAACAAGACACGGAUUAAGGACUAUCCGAUGUGCCCACGAUGUGACAAGUCAUGUCCCUAUUGGCCAUUGUAUGACACAUGUCUUUACUCCAGGGUAACAUAUGUGUUUGACAACGAGUUCACACCUAUCUUUGCCAUCUUCAUGUCUAUUUGGGCCACCAUGUUCCUUGAGUUCUGGAAAAGGCACCAGGCAGAGAUAGCCUACGAGUGGGACCUCAUUAACUUUGAAGAUGAAGAGGAAAGGCCAAGAGUGGAGUACGAAACCAAGUGUUCCGAAACAAGAAUCAACCCCAUCACCAAGGUGGAAGAAGCAUAUAUCAGCUCAACACGGAAGUUCCCCCGCUACAUUUGCAGCUGGUCUUUCAUCUGUUUCAUGCUUGCGCUAGUCGUAGCUGCUGUUCUAGGGGUUGUGUUCUACCGUGUCUCUGUAUACACUGUGCUCGCCUUCCGUCAUGACAAGAACAUGGGGGCCAUCAGUAUGGUGACGUCGGCGACAGCGGCCUGCAUUAACUUGGUCAUCAUCGUUUUACUCAACAAGGCGUAUGAGAAAGUUGCAUUUCUAUUCACCAACUGGGAAAUGCCUCGAACCCAGACCCAGUACGAAGACAACUUCUCCUUCAAGAUGUACCUCUUCCAGUUCGUCAAUUACUACUCGUCACUGUUCUACAUUGCUUUUGGGAAACUCAAUCCAGGCAGACCUGGGAGGUACAAUCGCAUUCUUGCAGUUGGCGACGGUGAUGGCUAUAGACAGGAAGAGUGUAAUCCCGCCGGGUGCCUGUUUGAGCUUCUUCUUCAAUUGUUUAUCAUCAUGGUGGGCAAACAAGUGCUCAACAACGCUAUCGAGAUCGUCGUCCCGAAGGUCAUGCUCUGGUGGAAGUCCAGGCAGAAUAUUGAGCAGGUUGACAUGACAGGCCUCACCCAAUGGGAGCAGGACUACGCCCUGAAUGACUACCCGGAAUAUGGACUGUUCUACGAAUACUUGGAAAUGGUCAUCCAGUUCGGCUUCAUCACUAUAUUUGUGACGGCCUUCCCCCUUGGCCCAUUCUUCGCAUUGAUAAAUAACUUGAUCGAGAUACGCCUGGAUGCGUACAAGUUUACCUGCGUGUUCCGACGGCCCAUGGCGGCAAGGUCACAAGAUAUUGGAAUUUGGUUCUCCAUUCUCACCGGUGUCACCAAGAUCUCUGUUGUUGUAAACGGCUUUGUUAUCGCCUUCGUCUCGGAGUUCGUCCCGCGCCUAUACUACACCUAUGGCCUGGGUAAAAAGGACCUUACAGGGUUCGUGGACCACAGCCUUUCGUGCUUCGAGGUCCUGAAGUACAAGGACGAAUUCAAGCCCAACGAAGACCUGUGGAAUAACUUCAACAACAAUAGCUGUGGCUAUGGGAAGGCCACAUGCAGGUUCCGUGGGUAUUACGAGCCCCCGUACAUCGAGAUUGAAGGCAAAUGGGUGGAGAACCCGUCUGCGUACGAACUUUCCAAGGCACACUGGCACAUUGUGGCGGCAAAGCUAUUCUUUGUUAUUGCCUUCCUGCAUAUCGUUUUUGCGGUGACAAGCCUUCUCGCCUGGCUGAUCCCUGAUAUCCCUAAGCGUGUGUCCAAUCAGGUCAAGCGAGAAAACUUCCUGGCGCGUGAAGCCCUGAGAUCUGCAGACAUACCUGGUAGUAGGGUAGUAUCACCCCUACUCGAUAACGACCGGCAUUCACCUAUUACUGAAGCUCUCUAAAGUUGUACAAAAUGACAUCACAAUCAGAGGCACUAGUGUUUUAACCGGGACAAUACGACUUUUUAUUCGCAAAUCACCUUACGAGGUCAUCACCAUACAAGGCACUGACUGGUAUUCACCACAUUACCAUAGGAUAUUACUAAUAUUCACCCAUUAUCAUUGCCAUGUGUGAUGAUAUUCAGGCUUUUUAACAUUUACAUUGUAGCUUAUGUAACGCUCUUACUUGGUGUAUAUUUUAUUAAUAAUUUUGGCGAAUUUGUAUAAAAUAUUGGAGCCAGUGAUUAAUAGAUUUAGCCUAUAUGCUGGUAGGACUUUAAAUUUAACAUUAGAUCCGUAGUCUAUAAGAUGUAAUUAAAAAAAAGGUGUAGUUUGCAGAAAGACAAUAUCCCUAACAUUUAUAUCCUUGCCUUUCUGUCUAAAAAUAACUUUUCGAAACCUUUAUUGUGCUUGUGACUUUCUAUUUUAGGGUUAAGAUGAAAUUUGCCCCCUAGUUAUGUAAUCAUGUUAUGUAACCAUAGUAACGUUUGUUGUCCAUGGCAACUCCAAAGAGCUUGCAACAGGUAACCUUAGAUAAAUUUUGAUAACCAUUCUAACGUGUUUUGCCAUACACUAGCUGCCCUAGUAACAUGUUUAGUUUUGAGUUAGUGAGCUCUAAGUCUUUUUUUAAUUUUGUAAUUGUUUAAGACUACUUGUGUGACAAAUGUUAUACUACUGCAAAAAAUAUAUACAAAUACGCUUGAAUUUCUUAAAAUGUACCCGAUCCUAAAAACAAAAGAGUUAUUUCAAAAUCCAAAAUAAAGUAAAACCAACGUUAUUUCAAAGUCCAAAAUAAAUUAAAACCAACGGUUUUGUAUCCAUUCGCCUAAUUUGUAAUACAUUGUUGUUUUGGCUUUAUAUUCGAAUGAAACUGAGCCGUUUCUACUGUAAAAAAGGGUUCACGUUUUACAGGGGAUUCAAGCGGAUUUAGUUCACCACUGAAAUAACAAUAUGACCGUAGUAAGGGCUUUAUACGAAAGCAUACGUCACGCAAGCUGGGUCGCACAGCUCUUGUAACGUGACAAUAUGACCGUAGUAAGGGCUUUAUACGAAAGCAUACGUCACGCAAGCUGGGUCGCACAGCUCUUGUAAUGGACAAUAUGACCGUAGUAAGGGCUUUAUACGAAAGCAUACGUCACGCAAGCUGGGUCGCACAGCUCUUGAAACGUGACAAUAUGAUCGUAGUAAGGGUUUUAUACGAAAACAUACGUCUUGCAAGCUGGGUCCCACAGCUCUUGUAACGUGACAAUAUGACCGUAGUAAGGGCUUUAUACGAAAGCAUACGUCACACAAGCUGGGUCGCACAGCUCUUGUAACGCAUCACUAGAUGAAUUGUACUUCUGACCUCUCGCAAAUAAAGAGCUUUAUUUUUUUCCA